AUGGAUGUAUUAAGAGAAAGAAAUGUUUAUCGAAAAUAUUUUGGUGUAGUAUUAUUAUUAUUAGAAAUGAAUUUUCUUGGUGGAACAAUAUUUGGUUUUCCAUCAAUGUUUAAAAUUUUAUCUAAAAUGAAUAUUUAUCAAAAUUUAUGUCAACCAUCAAAUACGACUCAAUGUGCACAACAAACUAAACAUUAUCAAAAUGCAAUGACAUUAGGAAUUGCUUUUUUUGAUUUACCUGCAUUAUUUAUUGGAAUACUUAUUGAUAAAUUUGGUUGUCGUUUUGUUAAAUUAAUUUCAAUAUUAUUUCAUAUAGUUGGAUGGUUAUCAUUAGCAUUAUUAAAACCAGGUCGAGAUUAUUUAAUAUAUAUUCAUUGUAUAUUUUCAUCAUUAAGUGGAAUUGUUAUUGUAUUAACAAGUUAUACAUCAUCAAAUUAUUUUUCAAAAUCUCGCGCAUUUGUAUCAUCAUUAUUAGCAGGAGCUGGAAUUUCUGCAACAAUGUGGUUCGCAAUAUUUCAAGUAUUAGUUGAUGGAGACUAUGUAGGAUUGAAUACAUUAUCAUAUAUUUGGUUAUCAUUUGGUUUCUUAAUGUUCUUAACAUCAUUUUUAUUUCUUGAUUGGAAUUAUUCUUAUUGGAAUUUACCAUAUAAAUUUAAUAUUGAACUUGAAUCAAAUAAUCAAAAUGAAUUAAAUGAAAAUAAUCUUUGGAAAAAUCUUUUAAAUCCAUUAUAUUUAUUAGUUGUUUUAUUUUUAAGUAUUCUUUUAAUUCCAUCGGUUUUACUUUCAGUUAUUUGGGAACCAUUGAUUACUUUUAUUACAAAUCAUGAUGAUACAUUAGCGGAUAAAUAUACAUUUGCUUAUAAUAUCUCAACAAUAUCGGCUAUAAUAAUAUGUCCAAUAAAUGGUUAUUUACUUAGUUAUAAAUCUGAUAAAAAUAAAAAACAAAAAUUAUUAAAUAUAUUUCUUGUUGAAACAAUUUCAUGGUUAUUAAAUAUAAUAUUAUGUAUAAUAUGUAUAUUUGCAUCAUCAAAAUUUUUAAUAUUAAUAUUAAUAUUAAAUUGUUUAUCUCGAUCAACAAUCGUUGCUGCAUGUCAAUCUGUUAUUUCAACAUUUUUUCCAUCUAAAUAUAUUGGUCGUUUAACUGGAAUAAUGUGGAGUUUUGUUGGAGCUUUUACAUUUAUUCAAUUUGCACUUCUUAAAUUAACAGAUGAUAUUAAUAAAGCAUGGAGAGCAUGGGUUGUUGUAUUAUCAAUGGUAUUAAUAAUGGUAUCUCAUUUAAUUCAAAUAUUAAUUAAAUAUUUAAAAGAAAAAAAGAAUCAAAAUACAGAUUUUAAUUUAAAUAAUUCGAGAUUUUAA